GAUCCAAUUCCCGUACCUAGAUCAUGAGAUGAAGUUAUUUAAUCCGCAUAAAUUACCUAGAUCGUCUGGAAUUUUAUCGAUCGCUUGUUAAUGGUGAUGUACGUGAUUGAGCCCCCACUAUCCCCAAAAAAAAUCCCUAAUCUGGUGAGCGACACAAUUACGAGCGCUUGAGUAUAAAUAGUCUACAAAGAAUUUCCUCAGUAUUUGUAUCGGUGGGCUCAAGCGAUCUCAAAUUCAAUCAUGCAGCUCCAAGCAAUAAUUCUUGAAUUCGCUAUUUACGGUAUAUUGUGUUUAAAUUCUGGUGUUGACGCCUCAAUAAACAGUUCAACGCAACAGAAACACCUGCCAUCGCAAAAUAUAAGCAACGGAGAUGAAAUUCUAGGAAUUUCUGGUGGUCAUUACGCGGAAAUAGGACAGUUCCCUUGGAUGGCUAUAGUACAUCAAUUACUUGAAGAGGGUGUCUUCAUGUGCAGUGGAAGCAUCAUAUCGGACCGGUGGGUUCUUACGGCUGGUCAUUGUAUCGUUAGGUCUCCGCAAAUAUUCAUGGUGAUUUUCGGAGAGACUGACAAGAAAAACAUCAGGAGGAGGUAUUAUCGGGGUCCAGGAGUCGCCAUGUGGACGACGAGGGCAGUGCUUCAUCCGCAGUAUGCAGAGUUUUUCAAUGAUAUAGGAUUACUCUAUAUGCCACGGAAGAUUCCUUUUUCAGCCACGAUACAGCCAAUUUAUAUGGCUGGGCCAAGAUUUCAGUAUGUGUCAUUGGCUGGCACCACUGCUGUGAUAGCUGGCUGGGGACAAACAGAAAAUUUUAGGGGUGAAUCAAGACUUUUGAAAUGGGGUCAAUUGCAAAUCAUCAGCAAUUAUUGGUGCUCACAGUUCUUGUCCAUAACGGAGAGUAAUAUAUGCACUGCAGCGAGAACUGAAUCUGAUACGUGUCAGGGAGAUAGUGGAGCUCCUCUUGUGAUUAAUGAUGGAGGAUAUAACAUCGUUGUUGGGAUUGUCAGUUAUGGGGAGACUGAUUGUCCGAGUUCUGCCCCCGGUGUGUUCACACGAAUUUCUUCAUUCACAAAUUGGAUUGCACGGGUCACGAACAUAAUGUAAUAAAAAUUUGAGUUAUCAAAAAGUCGUGAUUUAUUAUUAUUAUGUAUUAUUAGUAUUACAUGAACAGUAUUAUAGUAAUUAAUCAGUCCUGUGGGGAUUUCCUCAGGUUCGCAACAUUGUGUUCAUAGAAAAAUGAAAAUACAAUUUUGAUCAAGCAGAAAAUGAUGCAUUUUAAUUUCUAUAAUGAUGAUUAAAUUGAAAACAUUUUAAGGGGAUUGUGAUGAGAUAAAAUGGCGGGGGUAAAUGACGAGUCUGUUGCACAACUCAUUGCGUUCUAAAUAAAUCCGGUAAUCUCAAUUCGCCCCGGGGUCUCACUUAGCCCUACCCUUUAGAAAUUUUAUUGUCUUCCAUUACUCAUUCGGAAAAAAACUCGUUUGCGUCAGACAGGGCAGAGAGAUAACCGCGGGCAUAAGGAAAUUGCUAAAAAUAUAUGAAAUGUGAAAAACGGGAAAUCCCCGG